GGCCAGGAAAGCAGGACCACUCUCAGAGACCUCUCAGCUAAUCCCUCCGGCCCGUCCGCCGCUCUACUUUUCCAACUCUCAAUCAUGUCUUUCACAGCUGACCAAAUCAAUGACUUCAAGGAGGCCUUCCUCCUCUUUGACAAGACUGGUGAUGCCAAGAUUACCCUGAGCCAGGUCGGUGACAUCGUUCGGGCACUGGGACAGAACCCCACAAAUGCUGAGAUGAACAAGAUCCUGGGCAACCCCAGCAAAGAGGAGAUGAAUGCCAAGAAAAUUACCUUUGAAGAGUUCCUGCCCAUGCUGCAAGCAGCUGCUAACAACAAGGAUCAGGGUACCUAUGAAGACUUCGUUGAAGGUCUGCGUGUUUUCGACAAGGAAGGCAACGGCACAGUCAUGGGGGCUGAACUCCGCCAUGUACUGGCCACACUGGGUGAGAAGAUGACAGAAGAGGAAGUAGAGGAACUGAUGAAAGGUCAGGAAGACUCCAACGGCUGCAUCAACUACGAGGCAUUUGUAAAGCACAUCAUGUCUGUCUAAGCGGACAUCCCCAGAUAACAAAUGAACAAGCUGAGAAGACCAGAUGGCUCCUGAGAUCUGCCUGAGUGAAAUUCUUGCUCUGGCAAUUAUCAUCAACAUGGAAAUUGCAUAGGACUGGACAAUAUGCCUCCAAACCCUCUACUUUUUUUUUCUUAUUUUUACCAGUGCAUCCAUAGGCGUUGCCUCUGGGUCACUUCCAAAAACUGAACUUUCACCAAGGAGAGUUAGAUGGAAAAAAAACUGCUACCACCCAGCAUUCAUCCAUCCCAGGCAUCUCUUUCCAUGUUGUUUCCCAUGAAAGAAUGUAAACCUUUGGAAAAAUAAAGCAUCAAUAAAUCCCUGUUGUCACUUUGAGGCUAUAAAGUCUUUUUUAACCCCUCUAAACCUAUUCAAACCUACUUAAACAAGCACUUAAUUUAUUUCUGUAUGUUGUACUUCACAAAAUAAAGUUUUAUUUGAAAAAAUA